AUGAACCAGACACAGCCGUAUAUGGAUGUGCAGUCGUCGCAUUUGGCCUCCUCGCAGCCGUACACCUCGCAGGGAACGCCGACAGAGAACAGCAUCUCGCACUAUCCGCAGUACCAGCAGCCAUCGUUGCUGCAGCCGGGGCCUACCGCAUAUGCCCCUUCACAUAGCUACCCGCCACAGUACGGCUACUCGAAUGGCAUCACCUCGCCCCCCAGCAACCAGCCAGUACCCAACCCCUUGAACGGUCAGGGACCAACUCAGAUCCUACCUCUCCCUCCGCCGCCAGGAGUGAAGCCCCGAGUCACCGCCACGCUGUGGGAAGAUGAAGGCAGCCUCUGCUUCCAGGUUGAGGCCAAGGGCGUCUGUGUUGCUCGAAGAGAGGACAACCAUAUGAUUAACGGUACAAAACUGUUAAACGUUGCUGGAAUGACCAGAGGCAGGAGAGACGGCAUUCUCAAGAGUGAAAAGAUUCGACAUGUUGUGAAGAUCGGCCCCAUGCAUCUGAAGGGUGUCUGGUACGUUGAAUCGUUGCUGUUUCUUACUCAGAAGUACCCGGAAUUAACAUCCCGUAGGAUACCGUUUGAGCGUGCUCUUGACUUUGCCAAUAAGGAGAAGAUUACCGAUCAGCUCUAUCCGCUCUUCGUUCACGCCAUUGGAAGUCUACUCUACCAUCCAGUGAACGAAAACCGCGCCAAUGCUAUCGUUACAGCUUCGGAUCGACGACGGAUCGAGAGCAGCCAGCCAUUGGGGCGCCCUGGACCCGGAGGACACCCUCCACCACUUCAUCAUCACCAUUCGAUGCAGAAUCCAACAACUACGCAUAUGUCUCAGCCAUCUUCACUCGCUACAAUGCCGCAUCCCAUGCCUGGCCGUCCUCCGCUAGACCGCGCUCACACUUUUCCCACACCUCCCACCAGCGCCUCUAGUCUCGUAGGCAUGCCCAAUCAACCCGGAUCGUACGAGUGGAACGGUCAGAAUAUGUCCAACGGUGUUCAGAGCUCUCAGCCACUCCCACUAGAGUCUGGAAUGAAUGGCACUAGGUCAAUGCCAACCACCCCCGCCACGACUCCACCAGGUGCAAACAUGUCUGCGAUGCAAGCUUACCAGGGCCAGUCUGCCUACAGUGAUUCCAAAGCAUACUAUUCCUCAGCCCCAGCUCCGCAGUCACACUACGCGUCUCAGCAACCUGUAUCUCAACAGAGCAUCUCCAGCCAGGGAAACGGCCAUGUAAACGGAUCGAACGGGGCUAACACCACUGAACCAGAGACCACGGAGCAGCACCAAGGCACUGACAGCGAGUACAUCAACGAUUCAAAUGGUAAUUACAACUCCAAUCGUGCUUCAUACCCUGCCUACCCGUCCACCCAGGCCGUUGGCUCCAUGCCCAGUGAACAUACGCCUCUCCCUUCUGAGAUGGCCGCUCCUCCACCUCACCAGAACGGAGCCGACAAGCGUUCCUCGGGACCCUGGCCAUCAACAUAUACCCCUCGAUCAGGCGCCCCCAGCAGCGUCUACAGCGUAAUGAGUGACACCCGCAACUCACCCGCCAACAAUUCCGGCACUGCUACUUACCCAGAUGCCUACUCCGCCUCGACUAGCACACCAAGCUACUCUUCAUCCAUGAACGGGUCAAGCAAACGUUCCCGUGACGAAGAUGAUGUAGAAGAGAUUCCUCGCUCCGACAGCCGCGGUGAAGGUUCUGUGUACGAGCACAAGCGUCGGAAAACGCUCAUUGACUCUGCCUCUGGUCCGAUUGUACCGGCUUCCAUCAGCUUACAGAGUGUACAAUCUGGCAACUUCCCAAGACGGAUCUGA